CUCUGGUUUCAAUACAAUCAUAUUUUUCCUGAAGAGAGAGAAAACAGAGAGAGGGAGAGAAAGUUGUUGAUUUCUUCGCAAAAUGUCUCAGCUUUCAGAUCUCAUCAAUAUCAACCUCUCCGAAACCACUUCCAAGAUCAUUGCUGAAUAUGUUUGGAUUGGCGGCUCUGGUAUGGAUCUUCGGAGCAAAGCAAGGACUCUUUCUGGACCAGUAAGUGAUCCUGCAAAGCUGCCGAAGUGGAAUUACGACGGGUCUAGCACAGGACAGGCUCCUGGAGAAGACAGUGAAGUUAUCCUCUACCCUCAAGCAAUUUUCAAAGAUCCUUUCAGGAGGGGGAACAACAUUCUGGUCAUGUGCGAUGCUUACACACCAGCAGGUGAACCAAUCCCGACGAACAACAGAUACAAGGCAGCAAAGGUUUUCAGCAACCCUGCAGUUGCGGCUGAAGAACCAUGGUACGGCAUUGAGCAAGAGUACACUCUGUUGCAGAAGAAUGUUAAGUGGCCUCUUGGAUGGCCAUCUGGUGGUUAUCCAGGACCUCAGGGCCCAUAUUAUUGCGGAAUUGGAGCAGACAAGGCUUAUGGCCGUGAUAUCGUAGAUGCUCAUUACAAGGCAUGCCUCUAUGCUGGAAUUAACAUGAGUGGCAUUAAUGGGGAGGUGAUGCCUGGCCAGUGGGAAUUUCAAGUUGGACCUGCAGUUGGCAUUUCAGCUGGUGAUGAGUUGUGGAUUGCUCGUUACAUUUUGGAGAGGAUCACCGAAAUUGCUGGGGCAGUUGUUACAUUUGAUCCCAAGCCUAUCGAGGGUGACUGGAAUGGAGCUGGUGCUCACACUAAUUACAGCACCAAAUCCAUGAGGGAAGAGGGAGGCUAUGAAAUCAUCAAGAAGGCUAUUGAAAAGCUCAGCCUGAAGCACAAGGAACACAUUGCUGCAUAUGGUGAAGGCAAUGAGCGCAGGCUCACUGGAAAACAUGAAACAGCUAACAUUAACACAUUCAAAUGGGGUGUUGCGAACCGAGGUGCAUCUGUUCGCGUUGGGCGAGACACAGAGAAGGAAGGCAAGGGAUACUUUGAGGACAGGCGGCCUGCCUCAAACAUGGACCCAUACAUAGUCACUUCAAUGAUUGCUGAGACGACCAUCCUCGGAAAGUGAGUAAGGAAUGUAGUUUUAGCGAAGUAUUGGAUUGUUUGUUUAGCCAAGUUUCUGCAUUAUUAUCAUCUAUCACUUUCUCCUUAUCAGACCUCUGGUUCCAGGCCUUUCUUGAUUGAGAGCCUGCUUAAUAAGAGUUUAUAUAAUACACUACUAGUUAUGACGUA